UUUUCUCACUAUAAGUAAUACUUUUCCUGUAGCCAUAGUUUCAUCAUCCACCAAGCGAUCACUACUUGUUUCCUCAUCUCUGUAAGAUUUAACAAUAUUUAUUAAGAAAAAAAAAAGAAGCGAAACUUCAAAAAUAAACUAAAUAAUAAAGAUGAAGCUCACAGCUAUACAAUUCUCUUUAAUCUUUUUUCUCCUCACAUCCAUUUUAUGCAUACUUUCUGAUUCACCAUGUGCUGGAAAGUGCAAGGUGAGAUGCUCAAAGGCAACAGCACAAGAGGAUUGCCCAAAGUAUUGCAACAUAUGUUGCGAGAAGUGUAAUUAUUGUGUUCCAUCAGGUACUUUCGGAACCAGAGACGAAUGCCCUUGCUACCGCGAUUUAAAAAACUCCAAAGGCGAAUCAAAGUGUCCUUAAACAUGUUUUGCUAAUCAUUAUUAAGAGUAUAAUUUAAAACUAUGUUUCAUCUAUGAUAUUAAAUUUGUGUGCUUAAAUAAUUUAAUAAAUAAAAUAUUAUUAUAAAUCUUGAGUUUAA